AUGGCGAUGUCAAUGAUGCGAUCUGCUCUUGUUCGAAACGCUCUUCGCAACGGCUCCAAACCCUCUGCUCCUGCCAGGCGAAGCUUUUCAUCGUCUGCCCAUCACGACGAUGCUUAUGAGGCGGCCAAGUGGGAGAAGAUAACGUACUUGGGUGUUGCUACCUGCACUAUAUUGGCUAUUUUUAACCUGUCUAAGGGCCAUCCCCACCACGAACAGCCUCCUGACCAGAUGGGUUGUUCGAGCAUAAGGUUGAGCAUCACUGAGAAUUCGUUAUUGGGUUGA